AUGUCGUUAGAUUCUGAGGCAUUGCUAAAUAAUAUAGAAAAUCUUGAAAGCUCUUCAGUGCAACUCGAUCCUGCAGUAUUAGAAAAUAUCUCAAUUUAUUCACAUAUCGAAGGAAGUCACUCCCAUACUAAUCCACAAAUUCAAGGUGCUGAAGACGACCAUGCUGCUGCAGCUGCUGAGCUGCGCAGCACCGCUCUCCCUAGCUCUCCUGCACUGGAUCGCGAGGCUGUUGAGGGAAAUCCCGCGCCUGUCAACGUAUCUGCCCUGUACCUGGAUGCAGCUGCACAGCGCCGCUAUCCUGGCUCUCCUGCACCGGAUUCAGCAGCUGCUGAGAGAAAUCCCGCGCCUGACAACCUACCUGUGCUGUACCUAGACGCAGCUGCGCAGCGCCACUCUCCUGGUUCUCCUGCACCGGAUCCAGCAGCUGCUGAGGGAAAUCCCGCGCAUGACAACCUACCUGCAUUGGACCUAGAUGCAGCUGCGCAGCAGCGCUCUCCUAGCUCUCCUGCACUGAAUCGGGAGGCUGUUGAGGGAAAUCCCGCGCCUGUCAAAUUAUCUGCCCUGUACCUGGACGCAACUGCGCAGCGCUGCUCUCCUGGCUCUCCUGCACCGGAUCCAGCAGCUGCUGAAAGAAAUCCCGCGCCUGCCAACUUAUCAGCCCUGGAUCUGGACGCAGUUGAGCAGCGCCGCACUCCUGGCUCUCCUGUAUCGGAUCCAAUGACUGCUGAGGAAAAUCCCACGCCUUCCAACCUACCUGCUCUGGACCUGGACGCAGCCACGCAGUGCCGCUCUCCUAGCUCGUCUGCAUCAGAUCAGGAGGCUGCUGAGGAAAAUCCCGCGCCAGCCAACCUUCCCUGCCCUGGACUGGGACGCAACUACGCAGUGCCGCUCACCUAG